AUGGAGGGCCAGUUUGCGGCCCAGGCCCUCCUCGUCGAGCAGCAGCGCCGCAUCAAAGCCCUCGAAACGGAGCUCGCCCAAACCCAAAUGGAGGUCAUACGCCUUCGCGCACAGGUCGCCAUGCCGCAUCACCACCCCGCGCAAAUCCCACACCACAUGUCCCCACAUGACCCUCAUUCCCUUCGCCACCACCCGGCCGUCAUGCAACAGCCACACGUAUCUCAACCCCUUCAUCCACCACAACCGCAACCUCUGGCCCAUCCGCCACCCCACCCGCAUCACCACACACACCCACCGCAACUGACCCACUCACACCCAGACUAUACGUCUCAUCCGCUCCCCGUUUCUUCAUCCCAUCCACGCUCUUCAUCUGCUUCGGCACCACUCCCACCAUCGCAUCCCGUGUCGGCACCGUCGGCCUCACAUCGUCGACCCUCUCCUAGUCUUUCGUCCAACCACACCGCCUCUGCACCUGCCCCGCCCGAAGAGCAGAAGAAGACUAGUUCACGCUACUGGACCGCAGAAGAGCACGCCCGUUUUCUAGAGGGCCUGCAGCUUUUCGGACAAAAGGACAUAAAGGGUAUUUCGCGCCACGUCGGCACCAGAUCCGCCACCCAAGUGAGGACGCAUGCACAAAAGUAUUAUCUUCGCAUCGAGCGAGAGAGGCAAAAGGCGGAACAAGAGGGGAGCACCCCUGCGUCUGCGCCGGACCUCGUGCCGAAUGGAGCCGGCAAGGCUGUGAACGGCGCACACGCAGCGGGCCCUCGCAAUUCCACCUCUGGUGCCGCCAGUGGCAAAGGGAGCACGUCUGAAGGGAAGGGGAAACGUUCCCGUUCAUCUAACCGUGAUAAUGCAGGUCCGAAACACGCUGCACCGACAAAGAACAGCGAAGGCGGGAGCAAAGCAAAGAUCACAGUACCUAGGGGCGAUGGCAAGCUCGAGCCUACGAAAGCAGAUUCUAAGGGCGGCAACGGUGUGAUUGCGCGCAAGGACAGCUGUGGAAAGCCAUUAGAGCGGAAAAGCGGUGCCAAUGGAACAAUUAGCAAGUCAACGGUCCGUGCGAAGAAGGAGAGUGUCGUGUCUGGGCCUAUACAUGACGUAGUGAAUGGAACCAUCAAGCCGGAACAAGCGAAUACCCAAAACGCAUCACACCAACCAGAUGAGAAUAUCCCAGACCAAUUGGAAGAUACUCUUGGUCCCUCUCAGGACGCGGUCGUAAACCCCGAAGUCAUUGCGCAUAUCGCCAUGCCUCUUUCAACAGGUGUGGCGUAUCAGCCCCCACGUUUACCAUCAGGAGCCGCUACGGACGCGAACCAAAUACCUCAGAGAAUCAAUCAGUCAGACAUGGAGACAAUCCCAUCCUCAGCGCAGAGCUACGUAGAUGGGAUGUCUCAUUCAAAGAAUGCACGUGAUGACAUUGCAUCAGCAGGCCAAAACAGCAAGAUGCAAGUUCUCGGCGGGACCUCCCACGGUUUGCCGCCACCAGGUCCAAACCUUGGUGCCAAUAUUCAACGGAGGGGAACUUUGGAUCCUUCUCCUUUACGGCCAACGGAGCAGGUGAGGGAAGAAAGUGGAGUCGUUAGUGAACAUAUUAAGGAGUUCGGGAAGAGAGGAGGCCCACCAUUGUCGAAGCGGAGUCCAAAGAAGCGAUUGAAAAGACCGCCAACUUUAGAACCGCUUCCGGGAGACGUUGCCUCAUCUACUGCCUUCGCAACAGGCACAAAUGCUCUUCCCAUAGUGUCCAAGGCAUCGGCCUCUAGUGCGUCGGGUGCACAAACAAAAGCCGAACAAAAAAUGUACAGUUUAGGAGAGGCUGGCAGCAUGUCAAAUUUGAGAGCGCUGCUACGGGUGCCGGGUGAGGAUCAAGCAGCAGGACCGAGUGGUUCAAAGCCACCGACUCUGAAACGAAACGAGAGUUCGAACUCGGUACUAGCUGACUUAUCGAGAAGUGUAGGGGUUUUAUCCCGAUCGAACUCAUUCAUAUCUCCCAGUGGGAAGGGUGUACAUAGGUCGAACAGCAUUCUGUCGUUGUUGAGUGGAUUGCCAACGGCCAUGCGAGAGUCUCCCAGUUCAGAUAGAUUGAUGAUGAUGGAAGGAGAAGACCGAGUGAUGGCUACGUUAAAGUCCAUGGAUACUGGAAGUAGCGGGGCAAUCGCGGUGCAAGCCGGACCUUCUACACCAGGUCCUAAUCCAAUCAGCACAAUGGGAGAAAGAUCAUUCAGCUUCAGCCAGCUGCAGCAUAUUGGCCUCGAUGACUUAGAGGACCCAAAUGCUGUAGCGUUGGCUUUGCCAGACGAGCAGAAGUGGGGUGAUGGUUGA